AUGAAGACGUACUGGUUGGUGCUCUGGUCGCUAUGGGCGGCGCGACUGGUCAGGCAACCGACGCUACCUGUCCGCGUAACUGGCGGAUGGUUGCGCGGUGUGGUAGCUCCCGAUGGUUCUCAUAAACGAUAUAUGGCUGUUCCCUUCGCUACCCAUCCUGUAAAGCGUUUUCAGGGUCCUGGUCCAGAACCGAUAUGGCAAGGCGUUUUAGAAGCUAUAGAAGAAAAUGUUCGAUGUCCUCAAAGAAUAGGAAAGAGCAUUCUUAUAGGUCAAGAAGAUUGCUUAAUAAUGAAUAUAUAUACACCCGUUGAUGCUACUGCGUAUUCUAAAUAUCCAGUGAUGGCGUUUAUUCAUGGGGGAGGAUUUUAUGAGGGGUCGAGUACCGGUUUUUUAUAUGGUCCGGAAUAUUUAGUAACUAAGGGAGUAAUCCUCGUUGUUAUGAACUAUAGAUUGAAUAUUCAGGGCUUAGCUUGCCUGAAAAUAAAGGAAGCACCAGGUAACGGUGCUAUGAAGGAUCAAUUGGCUGCACUUAAAUGGAUCCAGCGAAAUAUUGAAGCAUUUGGGGGAGAUCCCGAUAGUGUUACGAUAAGUGGCGAAAGUGCUGGCGCAGCUUCCGUUUCUUUUCAUAUUCUCUCACCGAUGUCAAAAGGCCUCUUUCACAGGGCCAUCAUACAGAGUGGUUCCUCCUUGGCACCUUGGACGUUACAGUUCAGGCCGGUGUACAUGGCCAGUUUAUUGACAAAAGUUAUGGGACACACCACUGAUGAUUUAUAUGAAAUUUAUAAUAUAUUAAUGGAAAAAUCGGACAGAGAUUUGGUUAUUACUAGAGUACCUAGAAGACAAGGAGAUACGAUUACUUCAGAAUUGCUUUAUACACCUUGUAUUGAGGACGAAAUUGCAGGCGUUGAGCCGUUUCUGACUGAAAUGCCAUACGAUUUACUGUCUUCAGGAAGGUAUAACAAAGUUCCUGUAUUAAUUGGUCGUACAAGUUCAGAAGGUUUGCUUUUUUCCAACAUGGAGAACGAUACGACUUUAUAUAAGAUUAUAUUUGAAAAAACGUUGCCUAAAAAUUGGCACGUGCCCGAAGAAUCGAAACGAAAAGAAAUAGGAGCUAAACUUAAGGAAUUAUAUUUUGGUGACAAUGUUAUUUCCUACAAUACUUUACUUAAUCUAUCACAAUUGUACGAUGAAGUAUAUUUUUCAUCUGGUGUAUUACAAGAAACCGAAUUAUAUUUAAAUACAAGCGAUAAACCUAUAUACAGCUACGUCUUCAGCUAUGACGGGAGACGAAAUAUUGUAAAAUGGACACUCGACCAUGGAUUAAAUACUGCACCGGGAGCUACACACGCUGACGAUCUGUUUUAUUUAUUUCAACAACCACUUCUUCCCUCAUUUUUUGAGGGUAUGAUGAUAGACAGGGUGACAACAAUGUGGACUAACUUUGUUAAAUAUGGGGAACCAACACCUGAGGUAACGGAUUUGUUGCCAGUAAAGUGGUUACCGAGCAACAAGUCGUCUCCGCAUUCUUUUGUCAUCGACAGAGAAUUCUCCACCAUACCUCUCUGGCCCACGGAUUCCCUUAAAUACUUACGUGAUAUCUACUCAAAGUACAGAAGAAAAACGGAUUGA